GCUCAGGGAGACAAGGUUUUUGUCGGUCGCCGUUCAGAUCUUUGAAUAAAAAAUAAAUACAAAAACAUACAGUUAUUUAUCUACAAUUGUUCACCAAUGCGAUGAAAACGCCAUGAAGAAAUUGUGAUAUUUAGGUUUGAAAAAAAAUAAAAAAAGAGACGAUGCCUGGUGAAACGCCGCCGCUCCACCAGUGCGCCUCUAUUGCAGGCCAUCUGAAAACCAUAACUAUAGAGAUAUGAUGCCGGGCUUGAGCGUCGUAUGCAGCGCCGUUAUUGUCCUGUUCGGAGCGGUUUGCAGCGUUUUCAUAUUCUGUGAGUAUCUGAUUUAUUACGCCGCGAUAUUACAGUGUGGUUGGCCAGGGAUAGACCAUGGUGCGCCGGCGGCUGAGAAGAGCGCAUACGGGCAACCAAAUGCGGAGGUUCUCCGCGCUAUGAUGCUUUCAGACACGCACCUCCUCGGCGCUGUCGGAGGGCACUGGUUCGACAAACUGCGAAGAGAAUGGCAGAUGGAACGGGCUUUCCAGACCGCGCUGGCACUACUCCGACCCGAGGUCGUUUUUAUUCUGGGCGAUGUGUUCGACGAGGGGAAGUGGAGCUCUCCAAAGAACUGGGAGGAAGAUGUUUGUCGUUUCCAGAAGAUGUUCAGACAUCCCAGUGACACAGAGCUGGUAGUUCUGGUUGGAAACCACGACAUCGGCUUCCACUACGAAAUGGACUGGUUCAAGUUACAGCGUUUUGAGAAGGCCUUCAAUACCACCUCCACCAGAAUGGUCACCAAGAAAGGAGUGAACUUCCUAUUGGUUAACAGCGUGGCGUUGCAUGGUGACGGCUGUCCUAUCUGCCAAUCAGUGGAGAAACAGCUGUACACACUGUCCAGGAACCUCAACUGUUCAUUACUACAGAAUUCCCAGUCCAGCAUUAUUAAAGAAUUCUGUCGAGACGCAUGGACCUAUCCUCCUACACCACCCAUUAUCCUGCAGCAUUACCCUCUGUACCGGGUGAGUGAUGCGGGCUGUACGGGUCGGGAUGCUGCUCCUCCUGAAGAGCGCCACCUGCUGUUCAGAGAGAAGUACGACGUGCUGUCUCAGGAGGCCUCUCACAGGCUGUUGCAAUGGUUUAAGCCCCGCCUGGUUCUCAGUGGCCACACCCACAGCGGCUGUCAGGUUCUCCAUGACAACCGGUACACAGAGAUCAGUGUUCCGUCCUUCAACUGGAGGAACCGCAACAAUCCCAGUUUCAUCCUGGGUUCUUUCUCUCCAAGCGGUUACGGCCUGUCGAAGUGUUUCCUUCCAGAGGAGAGUACGGUGAUAGCGCUGUACUGUUCUACCGGAGCCAGCCUCCUCCUCCUCCCUCUGGUCCACUGCCUGUGGAUAAGAGGCCUUCUCCGGUGCCUCAACUUCUGUCCCAUCAGCAAACACAAGUCUCUCUGAUCGUCUCAGGUAGAGGUUGUCCCUGACUGCUGAAUGAUACAGGGUCAGAUGCUGGAUGCUGUCGUCCCUCUAAUGCAGAGAGGUGGCUAUGCUGUCAUGAAAAGAGGUGGCUAUGCUGUCAUGAAAAGAGGUGGCUAUGCUGUCGUCCCUCUCAUGAAAAGAGGUGGCUAUGCUGUCGUCCCUCUCAUGCAGAGAGGUGGCUAUGCUGUCGUCCCUGUCAUGCAGAGAGGUGACUAUGCUGUCGUCCCUCUCAUGAAAAGAGGUGGCUAUGCUGUCGUCCCUCUCAUUCAGAGAGUUGACUAUGCUGUCGUCCCUCUCAUGCAGAGAGGUGGCUAUGCUGUCGUCCCUCUCAUGCAGAGAGGUGGCUAUGCUGUCGUCCCUCUCAUGAAAAGAGGUGACUAUGCUGUCGUCCCUGUCAUGCAGAGAGGUGGCUAUGCUGUCGUCCCUCUCAUGCAGAGAGGUGGCUAUGCUGUCGUCCCGGUCAUGCAGAGAGGUGGCUAUGCUGUCGUCCCUCUCAUGAAAAGAGGUGGCUAUGCUGUCGUCCCUCUCAUGCAGAGAGGUGGCUAUGCUGUCGUCCCUCUCAUGAAAAGAGGUGGCUAUGCUGUCGUCCCUCUCAUGAAAAGAGGUGGCUAUGCUGUCGUCCCUCUCAUGCAGAGAGGUGGCUAUGCUGUCGUCCCGGUCAUGCAGAGAGGUGGCUAUGCUGUCGUCCCUGUCAUGCAGAGAGGCGGCUAUGCUGUCGUCCCUGUCAUGCAGAGAGGUGGCUAUGCUGUCGCCCCUCUCAUGCAGAGAGGUGGCUAUGCUAAUUAGUAUUGGGGAUACAGUGAUCUGAUUCUAGAUCUGUAGUUAAGGACAGCUUCUACCUGGAGAGCACCUGUGUGUUGGAAUCACGUUGGAUCUAUUCAUGCCAUUUCUACCCCCCCUCUACCCCCGAGAAGAAUUAAAGUUCAGUCUCCCAUCUCCUGCCUGUAUUCAUAAAACCAUCUCAGAGUAGUAGUGCUGAACUAGGAUCAGGAGCCUAUUCCCGUCCAUGUCAUCUCAUUCAUUGUGAUCUCAAAAGGCUAAACUGAUCCUAGAUCAGCAGUCCUACUCUGGAGGAGGGUUUAUGACUACAGGUUCUGAUCUCUGUACGGCCUGGAUAUACAGUACAGAAGUCUGAUACAAGAUAUGCAUGUCUUCAACCAGCAUUUGAUGUAUAGUAUUAACGACACACACACACACACACACACACACACACACACACACACACACACACACACACACACACACACACACACACACACACACACACACACACACACACACACACACCUACCUUAUGGCCCUAAUGUGUUAAUGUGCUUCUUUGAAGACCGUUGUUUUACACCAGGUUUAUUUUUCCUGUGUAAAUCCCUGAUGUAAAUACUAAUAAAUAAAAUAAAAAGCAGAUUAUUGUCAA